AUGUCGGCGCGGGGACCGGCUGCGGACGCGCAGGAGAAGCCCGGCGGCGCGGAAAAGGCGAGCGCUGACCGGACGGCCGGGCUCCGGGCUGCAGCGCCUCAGGCAGCGCGGACCUCGGCGGCAGCGCGGCGCGAACAAACAAGCCGCGCGGCCCCGCCCCCGCCGUCACUCCGCCGGCCCAGCGGCCCCCCGCGCCAAUGCCGGCCCGCGGCGCCGCGGAGCCCCGCCCCCUUGACGCGGAGGGGCGGGCGUUGGGGGGCGGUCAGACGCGGCCGGGGGAAAAACAACCUCGAGCGGCGGAGCUCUCCGCCAGGAGCUGAUGCUCGCGUCCAGAACUGGCUCGGUGGGCUUGCUUUAAGGCUGGGGUGGGGCGCGAGCACUCAGGCGUCAGGGAAAGGCGAACGCGCCCCUGCCCCCAGCUUCAGCAGCGGAGAGACUGACCUCCUUCCCACCCACUCGGAUUCAUUUACCUUGAGCCGAAGAGCAGCCCACCUCUAAGCGGACCCUGCACCACCAGGAAUAACCAAGUUCGCUUUACAUUUUAUAAACUGUUGAAAUCCCCUUCAGCCUUUCCACUAAUGCGCAAACAACGCUGAAUGCGCCCGGAAUGCUGCAACAAGUAUGGGACCAUGGCCUAUAUUCAAUGUAAAAUUAUUUUUGGAAGCACAAUGAAUCCCAUGCAGAAUAACAGAAAGGAAAUUCAUAUCUUGACAUAUAGUAAAACUGAAAAAUUCCAAGAAAAAGGGAAGACCUUGAAAGUUAUCCAAGAGAAAAGUCAGAUUAUCUACAAAGGGAUACUAAAUGGACUAUUUUUUAACAAUGGAAGUCAGAGGACAAUGGAAUAGUAUCUUCAAAGCACUGAGAGAGAAAAUGGCCACUCUUCAAUUGUAUUAAUAUAUGAAACUGUCUAUUGAGAAAGCUAAUGCAAGAAACACAUUUUAAGAGAUAAAAAGUAAGUUUACCACCAAUAAGUCUUCAUUGAGGGAGCUUCCUUUCAGGAAAAAGCAAAAUGAUCCUAGAAGGAAGUGUGUAAAAUACUAUAUAGUCAACAAAGAAAAGGUUCCUUGUACUUGAGAUUUUCAUUUCAUGGGUAAAAUUCUCACCUAUGUAGAAUAAAGAGUACAUUCUCUAAGGAUUCUGAA